AUGGUGAAUACGGGAAAGCCCUCCGGCGGCUGCAAGUUGUGCAGAGCUAGGAGGAUCAAAUGUGAUGAGGGGAAGCCAUUCUGCAUGAGAUGCAAGAAGUCGCGGCGGCAAUGUCCAGGUUACCGAGAUCCGUUCGAGGCCAACAUUCGCGACGAAACGCAGGCGACUAUCAAGAGAUUCAAGAAGUCUAGAGGUGAAGAGAGUUCUGACGAAGAAGGCAAGGAUAUCGCGCCCGUUUGCAACAAGCAGUGCUUGAAGACGGUUGCUGGUCCGAAAUACAAAACGUUCGAUUACUCGAAUCCCGGCGCUUUUCCUUAUCACAAUGACGACGAUUCGACCGAAGAAGACGAAGACAUUCCGGCGUCCAUGUUCAAUUCGCUGGAUGAGCAGGCCUCUUGCUACUUCCUCUCGGAAUUCAUCAUUGUCCCGUUUACUCCCACGGCCCGAGGAUACUACCGGUUUCUCCCUCGAUUCCUGAGCGGAACGAACGUCUCCAAAUGUCUUUCCCAAGCUUACAAAGCUGUCUCUCUGGCUGCGCUGGCCAGCCGCCGUACGGUAAAUGCCAGUGCCGCUCUGUUCCAUGCUCAGGGUCACUAUCUAAGGGCAGUCCGGGCCGUCAACAAAGCUAUAAUGGACCCAGGAGAGGUGUUAAACGACCAGACUCUUGGGGCCGUGCUUAUGCUGGCUUUCUAUGAGAUUUUGACAUCUUCUCGAGACUCUAUCGCCGAGUACACCGACCACAUGAAGGGUGCGGCAAUCAUCGUCAAACUAAGGGGCCAAAAGGGUCUCGAGACACCAGAAGGCGAAGAGAUGUUCGCAAUCACCCGGAACCAGUGCCUCUCCAUUCACUGUCUUCCAAACUCUCCCGAAGUAUCCGAAUUCACAUGGCUUCUGCAUCAUGAAUGCCGUGGUCGUAUGCAGCACGCCAUCGCUAGCAUGGAUAUCCAGAGCAGUCAAAUUCGACAAGACGUUGAUCGGGUUCUCGGAGCGGGGGAUCGCAAGCCAGAGACGAUCCAGAAGGUGCUCGAUGCCCUUAAGCGUGCACAAGCGUUGGAGGCUAAAUUCCGCAAACUCAACAAUGAUCCCAGCCCGCAGUGGAAAGUCGAUACGGUGGAGUGGAUACUGGAGCGAUCCGACGACGAGCUCGAUACGACCCCAACGUUCCCAGGGCCUGUUUACGGGUUCUUCAACUUGCCUCUCGCAAUCUUGCAUGUGGCCACAUGGUGCUGCCAUCUGAUGCUCACCACAACAAUCCUGCGGUGCAUGGCCUGGCUUGUGUCCCCCGACGACUACCGGAUGGGAGAGGAGUAUGAAGAGCUGAAACGCUCGGCCAUUCUGCGUAUUGAGGAUACCAUCGCUUCAACUCCUUUCUUCUGCAAAUGGAAUGGCUACGGCGUGGUCGUAGCUCAGUUCCCCUGCGGCAACACCAAGCCAGACGACCCUUUGAAGGGUGCUGCUGGACUGAUGGUCUUGUGGCCCAUGGUCACGGCUUGCAGCAGCGACUUUGCGACUCCCAGACAGAGACGCUUCCUGAGGGGUCGUCUCAAAUAUUUGGCAGAGGUCGCCGGAAUCAGGCAGGCCAAUGUUUUCUACAACAUGCACGACAUCUCUUCUCCAUCACGAGAAAUCGAGCGAGACCGCAGAUCUGGCGUCCAUUCAUCUUCUGGGGCGGACGCCUUGCUAAGCAUGCCCUUUUGA